CAGCCAUGCCAUUCGACUUGUCACUUGGUCUGGAAGGCACGCACGUACUUGUCACCGGCGGCUGCGGACUUAUCGGUCGGGUAGUAGUACAAGCGUUCCUUGCAGCAGGCUGCAAAGUCACUUUCGUCGACCUGAAUCUGCAAGAUGUUGAUGAUUUGAAGGCCAGAUAUGAACGCAACCUCCGUUUCCGCAAGGCAGAUAUCUCCAAGGACAUCGGUGAUGCCUUUGCCUGGGCUGAGUCGCAAUUUGGCACGGUCCAGUGCUGCGUGGCACUCGCGAGUAUGGACUUGAGCAUGAUUCCACAAUUCGAAAGUCUUUGCGACGUGGAUCCGCACAUUUGGCAGCGCGUCUUCAAUACUAACAUUAACGGGACGUUUCUUACUUGCCAGCGGUGGCUGCAGGGCAUACGAGCAGCUAGCGAAGAUCCCGAAAAGGCAGAGAAACUGAAGAACGUCAGCUGUAUCAUCAUGGGUUCAGAGUCUGGCCGCUUCGGCGUAAGAACGAUGGCGGCUUACGCCGCCGGCAAAAGUGCCGUACAGCAAGGCCUUCUCUUAUCGCUGGCACAAGACGCUUCACGGAUUUGGCCGAAAGCUCGCGUGAAUGCUGUCGCGCCGGGUGCCGUUGGAACGGAGCGGUUCAAGCAGGAGUGCGAGGAGUAUGGUCGGGAGUGGCAGUGGGCAGAGAGUGAGGCGACGGUGCCGCUCAGGAAGGCUGUGGGAGCGGACGAUGUGGCACGAGCAUUUGUCUUCCUUGCCAGUGAGCGGUGGAGUGGCAGCGUUAGCGGUCAGUGCUUGAAUGUUGAUGGCGGUAAGAGUGGCGCAAUGGUAUGGCCAAGGCCCGAGACGGCAUGACGUUCUUCAACGGAGGCCAGAGCGGCAAGUAAACCUGCCUUCCAUUCCGCAAAAGACAGCAUUGUUUCAGACACGCUCAUCAUUCGAAUAUAGGCCAUUAUGUGCUCUCUAGCUGAUCUGGUAUUCAACACAAGACGCC